AUGAUUGCCGUUGGAGCUCCGGCACAGCUCGGCGUGGUCAGGAAUCCUGGCUCCGACGUUGGCACUGGUGAACUCAAUAAUGUCUACGCCGGUGACGAUGUCCAAGUGCACAUAUCCUCAUCCAUUGCCGUGAUCCAAGAGAAUGAUCCCUCUCACGAUACCGACCGAGCACCCAAUGACAAAGAGGAACGCGAGAGAGAAGAGGCUACUCGUGUCGCUUCACUGGAUCUGGCGAAGAAGCGCUUCGCUGAAGAAAAGAAGCGCCGUAACUCCCUGACUUAA